CCCUCCUUGCCUCAUUGCAUCAUCCAUGUGACCCACCUGCUGGCCGGUAUGCUGCCCUUUGCGCAGCGGAAUGCCACCUCAUGCGACGCCGCCCCGCGUCCGCGGAAUGCUUGGCCAACACCACAGCCCUAUAUCACCGCGCUGUCUCACUCCCCCGUCUCUCCAAGCGUGCGCAGGCAGGCUUCAGCCAUCAUGACUCACUCCACCGCAGCCACCGUGCUGCUGCUCGCCGCCCUGCCCUACGCCCUCGCCGCGCCCCAGAUCAUCCCCUUCCUUAGCCCCCUCGCCCCAGAUGUGCCUCCCAUUCCCCUGCCCACACCCGUCGACGCCCCCACCGUGACCGUCGUCGGCACCAUCGUCAGCGACGCCCUCGAGUCCGCCGUCGCCAGCAUCACCGAGGCUCUCAACGAUGUCGCCGAGUCGCUGCCCACGCCGCUGCUGCCCGACUCCCUGGACGAGUUCCUCCCCGGCCUGCCGACCAUAGACUUCGAUCUGGACGCCGUGCUGGACGACGUGCUGGACCUGCUGGAGCCGGAGGUCAUCGACAUCGGCGAGGCGCCGCUGCCGGGCGUGGUCGCGCCCAAUGCCACGCUGCCGCUCAACGUCACACUUGAGGAUGUGCUCGACGACGUCCUCGACCUCGAGGUCAUCGACCUGCCGCCCCCCAACACCACGCUCCCGCUCAACGCGACAGAGGAGCUGUCCGGCCCAUUGUCGCCGCCCUACAACGACACGGGCGUCGCGCCCUCGACGCUCCCCGCAUUCGACACGCCCGCGCUGCCAGACUCCGAGGCCCCAGAGGACCCCUUACCCUCGACGCUCCCCGCAUUCGACACCCCGGCGCUGCCAGACUCCGAGGCACCAGAGGACCUCCCCUUCUUCCCGCCGCUCAUCAUGCCGUUCCCCGAGUUCCCCGACCUCGACACCCCAGAGACCGACACAGUGCCGCUGAGCACCUUCACCACGGUCGCCAACUCGCUGCUGUCCGUGAUCCACGCGCUGCUCGGCGCGCUGCCCGGCGCCGCCGCGCCCGAGAUCUUCGUCGAUCCGAUUCUGCCCCCGGACGGGCUGUGGGAUCCGCUUGUCGACCCGGUGCCGGCGGGGCUCGACACGCCGGUGCUGCCACGCGCGGCGGCGGCCAAGGUCGUGCGGCGCCAGCUGGCGCUGCCGGAGGUUCCGGCGGUGCUGGCGGAUGAUGUGCCCGCGCCGCCGCUGGACACGGGGGUUGUGUUUGGGCUGGUGGCGGCGAUUCUCGAGGGGCUGAAUGAGUUGGUGGGGUUUGUGCCUGGGAUUUCGCCCGUGGGGAUCCCUGCGGUGCCUGCGGUGCCGGAGGUUCCUGAGGUGUCAGUUCUGCCGUCUGUUCUGCCCAUCAUAGAGCUGCCAGCGUUCACGACGGAUCUGUCGUUCGAGCUGCCCUCGAUUCUUCCCGCGUUCGAUGUGCCUGCGCUGCCUGAUGCGGAAGCGCCAGAGGUCCCCGAGGUAUCCAUCCUCCCCGCUUUCGACACGCCCGCGCUCUCCGACGCUGAAGCCCCCUCCGUCCCCUCAGAACUGCCCUCGAUCCUGCCCGCCCCCGCCGUCCCCGCACCGCUGCCCACCAGCCUCGACGCGCUUGGCGACUUCGACUUCCCCGAAAUCGAGGGCAUCGACUGGGCCGCCUUCGAGUCGCCGCCGUUCUCCGACCUGCCGUCUACAGACGACCUGCCGCUGCCCGAGCCCGUGAUCCCGGAUGACGUGCUCAACGUGCCGGUGCCGGAUCUCGAUGACGACGGCGUGCCUGUUGACGCCGUUGUCCCCGUGGUGUCCGACGUUGCCGUGCCUGCGGUAACUGUGCCUGACGUCUCCGUGCCCGAGGUCACCGCGCCCGUUGUCCCCGACGUUGUGGUCCCCGCCGUGUCCGUCUCCGACGUCACCGACGUCCCCCUGAUCCUCGUCGACGCCGGCGCAAACAGCACAACCAACGCCGCGAACACCAUCGACGGUGUCGACGCGACAGACGACAGCCCGUUUGCGCCCGUCAAGGCAGCGCCUGAGACCGCCGCCUCUGCCGUUGCGGAACCCCCCGCUGUCGACGUCUCCUCCGUCGCCGCCGUCGUGCCCGCCGUCAUCGUGCCCUCUGUUGCCGCGCCCGCCCUGCCCACCAGCCUCGACGCCUUCGGCGACUUCGACCUCCCGGAUGUGCUGGACUGGCCGUUCAGCGACCUGCCCGCGACGCUGGAGCCCGAGGCCGACGGCGUGUUGCCCGAUCUGCAGGAUCUGUCUGAGUCGCUUACGGCGGUCGAUGCGGUGGCUCCUGUGCCGACAGACGUGCUCGCGGUGCCUGUCCCCGAAGACGUUGAUGCGCCUGCGGCGGUCUCGAUUCUGCCUGCGGUGGUGCCGACAGAUGUGCUCGACGCCGUUGUUCCCAGCGUGGAGGACGUUGCGGCGCCCGAUGUUGCGAUCCUGCCUGCCGCUCUCCCCACGGAUGUCCUCGACGUGCCUGUGCCCGACGAUUUCGAGGACCUGCAGACGCCCACUGUUGCUGCGGUGCCCACGCUCGACACCGUCGCCGACAUCCCCGAGGACAUCCUGAACAUCCCCUGGCCCGACCUCGACGAGAACGGCGUGCCCGUCGAUCUCCCCGUCGCUCCCAGUGCUGUCGUCGCGGCCCCCGCCGCACUUCCCACGGAUCUGAGCUUCCUCGACAUCCCCGUCCCCGACGACUUCGUGGACGAGCUGCCAGCCCCGACUGUUGACGCUGUUGUUCCUAGCGUCGUCGCUGACGUCGUUCCUGAUGUCACUGAAGACGCAGCAAUCCCAGACGAGGUCUUCAACGUCCCCGUCCCCGACUUGCCCACCGACCUGCCCGCCCCCGCGCUGGCAGAGGAUGCAUUCGGCGCCGGCUUCCCCGUCGAGACCGAUCUGCCGCUGGUGCUCCCGACCGGCGAUCUCCUGCCCGUCGAGGGCGCCGCCGGCCUGACCGAAGCCGUCACUCCCGUCGCCACCGACGCGAUCAGCGGGCUGCCGACGGCUGUCGUUUCCGAUGUCCCCGCCGUGCCCACCGUUGCCGUCGUGCUGCCCUUCCAGAACCCGGUUGCGCCUGUAGUCGCGUCUGUUGCACCCGUUGUCGCACCCGUUGCACCCGUCGUAGCCGCCCCCGUCCCCGUCGUGGCCACCCCUCCCCGCACCCCCGCCCUGCCAUUCCAAGUCCCCACGGGCCGCCGCCCGCUGGAGAACCGCCAGGUGCUCGGGCAGCUCUCGAGCUCAGUCCCCGACGCCAAGGAAGCAACCUACACGCUCGUCAAGUCGGUGGUCAGGCUGCUGUCGUCGCUGCUCACGAAGCUGGGCAUCGAGGACCAGGUGCCGGAUCUGCAGACCAUCUUGGACGCGAUUCCGGCCAACUCCGCAGCGACUGUGGUCCCGGCUGUGAUCCCGGCGGUGCCUGUGGUCCCGGAUCUGGGGAAGGUUGUGGAUGCUAUUGCGUCGUUGUUGCCGGUGCCCACGUUGCCUGAUGUUCUCGACGUGCUCCCUGAGCCGCUGGUGCUUCCUGAUAUUACUACCAUCCUGCCCGCACUGGCCGCGCCAGAGGUCAGCGACCUUCCUACACUGCCCUUCGUGCCUCCGGUGUUCCCUAACAUCGAGGACGUCGUCGACGCACUCCCCGAUCUUACGGAUAUCCUGCCCGCACCAGAGGUUAGCAUACUCCCCGCCGUGGCUGUCUUGCCCACUGCGCUGCCUACCGCUGAGGACCUUCCCGUCAUCGCUGAGCCCGAGGAUAUUCCCGCCGCACAAUCCGCGGUGGUGAGUCUUCCCGCUGCCGCGGUCGACGCCGCACUGCCCGUGGUCGACGACCUUCCCACCCCUCAGUCCGCGAUUGAGGAACUCCCCGCCGCCGCGGUCGACGCCGCACUGCCCGUGGCCGAGGACAUUCUCGUCGCCGACCCCACGGCCGAAGACGUCCCCGCCACACUCCCCGUACUCGCAGCCACACCCCCCGUCCGCCGCUCGCGCCUCGCGCGCCGCGCCGCCAUCGCCGCCCAGCAAGCCGCCGCAAACGACUGGGAGUCUUUUUUAGGUGAGCUGGAUGAGUCGUACCAGUCCGAGUUGGCUGGGCUCAUCCACGACACCGCCUCGGCGCUCUCAUCCGGCUCCGUAGCCGCGCAGCGCACCACCCUGAAACACGACUUCGACGCGCUGACCCCGGCCACCAAAGCCCAGCUCGCCACCGCGUUCCUCGCCCGCCGCCAGGCCCUGCCCCCCGUCAUCCCCCCGCCCGUUCCCGGCGUCAAAAGCGUCGGCCCCAACCUCGACGACGCCGCGAAAGUCGACCUGACGCACAUCCUCGGCCACGCCGGCUCGCUCGACCCCUUCGGCCAGGCGCGCCCGCACCGCGCCACCGGCCGCCCCGCCGACGUCGACGCCGUGCGGCCCAGCCUGCCGUUCCGCCCAUCCAUCGCCUCCGCGCCCGCGCCCGCUUCGAACCCGGAGCUCGACGCGCUGCUGGCCGCCGGCGGCCUCGAUCCGCACGGCAUGCGCGGCGCAUCUGUGCCCGCGGGUGCGUGGGAUCCGUACCGCGACCCCGCUGAGUGGGGGCCCACGCAGCCGCUGGAGGGGCUGACGGAGACGCUGGAGGCGUCGCGCGGGAACCACAUUGGGGGACGGGGGCGGGGUCUCGCGGCCGACGCGGGGGUGCCUGCGGAGUGGUCGCAGACGCCGACGCCGACGGCAACGGAGUGGGAGAGGAAUCUGAUGGUGUGGUUUCAUCGGUUUGUUAAGCCGAGUUGGAAUAAGGACGUUGAUGCCGAGAUUGACUUUACGCGCUAAGUAGGGGAGGGUUGAUGAGUGGUUUGCUUGUAUAGUAUGAUAUUAUGAACGCGAAUGCCUUCUUGCUU